UUCAAUCGACUAAAAGCUGGCCUCCGUUUCCAGGGCGCUGUGAAAGACUGUCGGAGAGGCUGGGAGAAAAGCAGUAGCCCUCCUCUGUUCGCUUCAGACACGGCUGGGUCUAAGUAAGGACCACUAUCCUCUUACACCUAAGACAAGGGUGUAUAUCAAAAAGGCGCAUCUGUACAAGUUAAGCUGGGGUUUGUCUCGUGCGCAGCUAUCAGUCAGGGCUCUGCGGCUGUCGGCUUGAGAGGCACAACGUCCUGGCUCGUGCACUCACUUACUGGGUUACCAAAAAUGAGCAUUCCUCGGCUGUUCAGUUAGCCUCCCUGUGUGCCGAGUUUAUUUGCCGUGGAGUAUCUGAUGUUGCGAGUAGAUAAAAGAAGGACCUCCGCGAGAUGAAGGGCCUACCUGAUCUGUUACCGCCCUUUUUCCUGCUCGUGUUGUGCCAUAAAAGUACUGGUAAGUGCCCCAAUAACGCUUUGAAUGAGGCAAUGAAAUGCAUUGGACGAAUUGGGGACUUUGGGAUGUCAACAAAUGUUGAGGAGGUGAAACCAUGGGAUUACCAGCGGACGAAAAUAGCGUGCGAAAAUGGGGCAUUCACCCUUGCGAUGAACUGUGCAGAGAACAUCGUGGACACCUGUACGGAAAGAGAACUCGGUGUUGCACUGGACAUUCCUAUGAUGCGAAAUGCUGUACAGGAUAUGUGCAGUCAGGUUGACGCAAUGCGGCCUUACGUAGACUGUAUGCACGACCAACUUGAUGUUGUAACUAGGUGUGCUGAAAGACAAAAGAAAUUAUUCCAUGCCAAGGUACGAACUGCGGGGGACGACUCAACCAAAAGGAUGCAGUCAGUAUGCAGUUUUACCAACAAUGUGUACGGGUGUCAGACUAAUCUAGUGCGAAAAAACUGUGGGGAAGUUCCCGCUAAAUUCCUUCUUAAUAUUAUGAAUGCCUUUAGGUGGCCAUCUUGUCCACCACCAGACGGAGUUAACAGUGCAUCGCCACGAAGACGUGCUUCAACAGAGUGUAAAAUUUUAUGGACUUUUUCAUUUGUCAUAUUCGCGUUUCAAUGGAUACCGAGGACAAGUUGAUGGUACUGUACACGGAACUAUUAAUUACAGUGUAUGUGUGGGAGGCAUAGAUGAUGGUGUGAUUGUUCCUUUUCGCACCUUUUAUCUGAGCACGUGUUUUCUUCGGCAUGAUGACAGCGUCACGCAAGUCACGAUGUCGGCGGUAUGACUACUCCAAGAAAGAUGGAGCUAUUCAAAAGGAGAUUUCCGUAUAUGUACAUAUGUACAGUGCCUCCGGACAACAGUGCCUGUUAAUUCCAGAUAAC